AUGGCUUGUAUUAUAUUCACAUCCUUCGAAUGUUUGCGCCGCAAUGUCGACGAAGCUCUGAGCCACAUCACGGCCGGAAUCAAUAUUUUUAAGAGCUGGCGCGAGAAUUCCGGUCGAGGUCCUAAUGGGCCAUGGGGGCAGCGGUACCCCUCGUUUGAGUCGUCUUUCGUGGAGACAGAACUGGCUCCGAUGCUAAGCUGUCUAAAUCUAGCCUCGUCCGAGUGCAGCCGUCGGCCGUUCUUAGACGUUUUCCUUAACCCGGUCAACCUUGAUGGGUCACUGAUUCUUGGGGAAUCCUUCGAGACUGUCAGUGAAGCAAGAGUCGGGCUCAUGGACCUUCUCACAGCCGGUAUCAGGCUCACUCAAGGUAUUACCGCAGAGUCCGCUUUUCACGGAGAGAAACCCAUUGUUGAGGCCCUCAUCGAGUCCGGCUGGCUGAGCUCUACAUUGCAGAGUUGGAAGACAGCCUGGGACAACCUUGUCCGACGGCACCAAGAGGUUUGGGGAAAAGAGGAAAAAAGCGCUGCAGACUUCGUCCGACUCAUGUGGCAUUGCGCAAAUAUUGAGUCACAUACAUGGAUUUCCGGUACCGAGACCGCAUGGGACCCGUACAAAGCUGAGUACGAGGAAAUGAUCCGGCUGGCCGAGUCGUUGCUUUCAGAUCCUCAUUACUUUCCCGAUGAGCCCUGCAGAAGGAUUUCGGCAGACUUGGGAAUGAUCUUCCCCCUCCAAGUGGUCGCCUGGAAGUGUCGCUGGCCGCUUCUUCGCCGUAGGGCGCUGGCCUUGCUCCUACAGACUUCGAAGCGGGAAUGUCUGCUCGAUGCUGACCACUACCAUACCAUCUUCUCGCGCAUCAUGGAAUAUGAAGAGAGAUAUCUUUGUUUGCCUCCCGGCGCUGUUCCGAACGAGGAUACCCUGCCUCCCGAGCAUGUCCGCGUACAUCAUUUCUACAUUGCGGCUCAGCCCGCGAGCGUACUCGGAGGAAAUCUCUAUGCAGCUACGUUCCUCACGAAACCGAAUGGCCUUGACAAUGAGUGGCACUGUCAAACGGAGUAUCUGGAUCUCAGCGUUGGCCGAGUCAGUGAGGCUGCUAUGAUCUCUGCUUUGCUUCCUGGCUACAAGUCGAUUGGGUGCGAGUUCGGACGUCCCUGA